AUGAGUGAUGAACUUAAAGUCUUCCAAUAUACUUUUAAUGAAAGUAAUACAACACCGAAAAAGAGAUUGCCAAAUAUUUUCAUUACUUAUCGUAAAGAAAUGAUGAAGAAGAAGCCUCAUAAUAUGCCAAUGACUGAAUAUAGUAGAUUGGUAUCCAAAUGGUGGAAGGAACUUUCGGAACCUAAAAAAUCAGAAUUGCAAAGAC